ACGCUGUGAGUUUCUCGCGCUCCCGAUUGGGGAGAGAAGUGCACUGAUGGAGCGAGCGCGGCUUUAUUAUUAUAGCAUACGAGGAGCGCGCACUCACUUUAAUUUCAGAGGGUGACGUAGACGUCUGCUCAGGUCCAAAGAAGUCUAUAGAAAGGGAGAGCGCAACAUUUGCCUGCCUUUAGCCGUUCUCGAAAGGCAAGUGAGGAUUAUAAUGGUCAUCAGAGUGUAUGUCGCGUCCUCGUCCGGCUCUGUCGCGGUAAAGAAGCAUCAGCAGGCCGUCGUGGGCUUUCUAGAGUCCAACCGGAUCAGCUUUGAAGAGGUUGAUAUCACCAUGCUUGAGGAUCAGAGGCUGUGGAUGUACCAGAACAUUCCUGAAAAGAAACAACCUGAAAAGGGCAAUCCCCUGCCUCCCCAGAUCUUCAAUGGAGACGACUACUGUGGUGACUAUGAAGAUUUCUUCCAGUCUAAAGAGACCAAUACAGUGUCCUCAUUUCUUCGACUGAGCUCUCAGCCCUCGGUGAAGGACUAUGAAUCCUAGAUUGACGUUUCUUGUACUGAACUACUUUGAUAUUGCCUCAUCUUCUGUGAUGUAAUGCUCUUCCUCUGGUUUGGAGCGCUUACUGCCAGCAAUGCUUUUGCCAAACACACUCUGCCCUCUGGUCCAACUAUUCCUAGGAAACAUCUACCCUUAUAAACAUAAAUGUGCAGGUUACAUAUGUUUCCUAAGGACCCAGUGAAUUAUUUAUACAUGUUUUUUGUUGUUGUUUUACUUGUCACACAUAUGUUGCAUGAAAAGCCUGAUGUACAAUUCAUAACACAAUGAAGGAAGUGAACUCAAUGUAUUUGUGUGCAUGAGCAUCUAGAGUUAUUUUCCAAACCUACUUAAAGCAUUUGUUGAAUUUGUUAAUUUGCUGAAAGGAUCAUAAAUAUGAGUUGUGUGUUUUUGUGAAUUGUAAACUGUUUGCGUGAUGUUCAAUAAUAAGGAGCUCAAACAGACAGCAGAAAGGAAAUGUGGAGAAGCAUUCCUCAAACUUUGAUGUCAGAUCAGAAACCAAAACUCUCCCUUGAAACAGGAAAUAGAAUCCUAACUUGUGUUAAGAUCUGCUCAGUUUUUUCUCUGUUUAUACUGACUUUUCAGUGCUUUGGUUCAUGACCUGUUUCGCUUCAUGAUUUGGGCUUUAAUCCCUGCAACAGUCACCAGCCUUUUUUCUGUGGAACAAAAAUACAAAGAACUCUAAUCUUUUUCUUUCGAAAUCUUUUUCUCUUUGAUUCUCUGUUAACAUGUUUAAUUUCUUCUCAGGGUAUGUUAAUAUUUGGCAUGUAGCACAUUGCACACGGUGAUGCCUCAACUCAGGCCCGGCUCCAGAUAUGAGAUGAAAGGUGGCCCAAGUUAUUUUCCAGGUGGGCGGAGGGGGGUAACUAUAUAUAUUUAUAUAUAUAUGUGAAUGAGCUAACACUGUCUCGACCCAAAAAAGGGACAAAAGAAAAAUAUCUGGAGCUGACUUGAAUAUCGCAAUAAUUUGUGAUUGGCUGUUAUGUGGUGUGGGGGCAGGGUGGACGAAGAAUCCCUGAGAGAGAGAGCCGUGCCAACUGCAAUGGAACAGUUUUUUCAUAGCAACGCAGGUUCACGGAUUCUCUCUCUCAACGGCUCUGGGUGGAGGCAGGGUGGGCAAAGCUUCUGAUAGGGUGGGCAAAGCUCACCCUGCCCCCCCGUGGAGCCGGGCCUGCCUCAACUCCAAACAUACCGCUUUCUGUAGCUCAUAUGCACAAGCAGCACAUAUAUCCUGCAUCACUGUGGGAAAUAAUUGGUUUACACUGAAAGUUUUUUAUGCAAUAUGUUUGCACACAAUCAUCUUUCUAUUUUAUGGUGUUUUUUUCUACAAUUCAUUAUGAUAAGGUCUUGUUUAACCCCUCCCAUCCAUUCAUUAAAUGAUUCCACAUAAAUGAGCACUGUAUUUAUGCUCUCUCUCUGUCUCACACACAUGCACACUUCACAUACGCCAUUUUGUUUUAUGCUACACGUACUGUUAAAUUGAAUCAUUCCUUUUUCAUACAAUACUUUAACUAGCAUAAGUGUACAUAUGUAGUUAUUGUUACUUUCACAAUGUAAAUGAACAAAUAAAAAUAAAUCUAAUUUGUGAUAAUGUACAUAAAUUUGCUUUUUGCUUAUGAUAUUUCUCGUACAGUGUGUUGCAAGCAUUCAUAUAUUUUAGUAGUGGAUGAAAUCACUCAAUAGGUUGCAU